UACUGACUUUCCAAGUUCAAUGGAAGAUGAUGAUAUGGAGCAAUUAAAUGAGGGUGGAAUUGAAUUUCAAGCUUCUUUAGUUCGCAGAAGUCAUAGCUUUGAUUGUUUAACUAAAGCAGUUGACGAGGAUUUUUCAUUUAUUGAAGGAGAUGUAAAGUUGGGUGUCCAUUUAGUAUACGAGAAAGAAGAUGAUGAAGAAGCAUGGAGCAUAGACAGCUCUGAUUCGGAAGAUAACAUGGGUGUGUUCCAUGGAGACUUGGAAAGAUUAGUAGGACGAGCAGGAGUAGAAGUUGCUAGUUCUAGUGCUACUACAUCAAAGAGAAGAUACGGUGACCUCAAUGACAACCAUGACUACGAUGCAGCAGCAGGACCCAGUGGCGGAUUUGAUUGUUACGACGAGGAGGAGGACCACCCCCACAGCAAAAGGCUUAGACAGGCAGGACCAAGUGGAAGUGGCAGCUUUGACUAGGGGUUGAAGUUUGAUCAAGAGUCAUGGAUGUGUUUGUGUAUAUUAGCUGAAGGAAGACUUUGACCCAUGACCAAUCAAGACUGUAUUUUUGUACAUUAUAAAUAGAGAGAGAUUUUGCAGGCAUGUGUUCUUUUAUCGUGGUUGAUGCAUGGUUAAUGUUUAAACUGACCGUGCAAGACAAAAAAAUUUGUAUGUCAUCUGUAAAUGAUGUGUCUGUAAAUAAUUGCAUUUGGUACCUCGGUGGAUACCAUCGUUAGACUGGGUAUCACAUAAUUGGGGGAGUAUCACUCUUGAUUUUUUAACCCUUAAGGUCAUGUUUGUUUGAGUGGACAUGAGCUUGGGAUUGG